CGGCGAUUAAUAUCAUCCACGUGUCACAAUCUGCUAAGGCAACUGACCCUGCUCCCAAAUUUUCUCCUCCGUUUCUUUCUGCACUCUACAAGCCAUCAGUUUAAGCCCUGUUUGGCUUCGCCGGAGAAACCGAGGAAUAUUCCACGAUAACACGGUUACUAUAGUUACAUUUACUUUAGUGCCCAACAUUCCUCGGGAAGGUUUUUCAGUUCUUUCAGAAUGGAAGCAGCAGACGAUAAUCCGAAGACAGCAACAUCGAUUCUCCAUGGAGACCUUGAUUUAAGAAUAAUCGAAGCUCGAAGGUUACCAAACAUGGAUUUAGUAUCAGACCGUCUUCGUCGAUGUUUUACUGUAUUUGACUCGUGUCGGGAUCCAUGCUCCAAAGAGAGAAAAGAACAGCAACACCGCCGCCACAAGAUCAUUACAAGUGACCCAUACGUUAUGGUUGGGGUAUCGGGCGCAAGAGUCGCCCGCACGCGCGUGAUUUCGAACAAUCAAAAUCCGAUAUGGAACGAACACUUCAAGAUUCCUUUGGCUCACCCGGCUGAAAAGAUUGAAUUUUACGUGAAAGAUGAUGACAUGUUCGGUGCUGAGUUUAUAGGGAUAGCAAGUGUUGAAGUAGAGAAGAUCUUGUCAGGUGAAACGAUCAAGGAUUGGUUUCCCAUAAUCGGAUUGUACGGAAAACCGCCAAAAACUGGAUGUGCCCUUCACGUCGAGAUGAAAUUUACGAAAUGUGAGCAGAUUGAUAAUAAACUCGGGGUUGAAAAUUGUUAUUUUCCGGUGAGGCAUGGAGGGAAUGUUACCCUUUAUCAGGACGCGCAUGUGCCGGAUUCGAGCUUGCCGGAGAUUGAAUUAGAGAAUGGGAAUUUGUUCAGGCAUGAGAAAUGCUGGGAGGAUAUAUGUCAUGCUAUAGUAGAAGCACAUCAUUUGGUUUAUAUAGUUGGUUGGUCGAUUUAUCAUAAGGUAAGAUUGGUGAGGGAGCCUUCAAAACCAUUGCCGAGAGGUGGGGAUUUGAAUUUGGGAGAAUUGCUCAAGUAUAAAUCACAAGAAGGUGUGAGAGUUCUGUUGCUGGUUUGGGAUGAUAAGACUUCUCAUAACAAGUUUUUUAUUCGCACGACUGGAGUGAUGCAAACUCAUGAUGAAGAGACGCGGAAGUUUUUCAAGCAUUCUUCAGUGAAUUGUGUACUGUCGCCGCGUUAUCCAGGCAGUAAGCUCAGCUUUUUCAAGCAGCAGGUUGUUGGGACCCUCUAUACACAUCAUCAGAAAUGUGUAAUUGUGGAUGCACAGGCAUCUGGAAACAACCGGAAGAUAACUGCUUUUAUAGGGGGUCUAGAUCUUUGUGAUGGCCGCUAUGAUACACCUGAACAUCGGUUAUUUCAGGAUCUCGACACUGUAUUUCAGGAUGAUUAUCAUAAUCCAACAUUUCCCGCAGGAACAAUGGGCCCAAGGCAGCCAUGGCAUGAUUUGCAUUGCAAAAUCGAAGGGCCUGCUGCAUAUGAUGUGCUUACUAAUUUUGAGCAGCGAUGGAGGAAAGCCUCAAAAUGGUCAGAGUUUGGACGAAGUUUUAAAAGGUCAACGCCUUGGCGCGACGAUUCAUUAAUAAAGUUAGAACGGAUCUCAUGGAUACAUGGUCCUUCCCCAUCAGUCCCCAGUGAUGAUCCUAAAUUAUGGGUGUCCAAUGAAGAUGAUCCUGAAAACUGGCAUGUUCAGGUUUUCCGAUCUAUAGAUUCGGGAUCUUUGAAAGGAUUUCCCAAAGAUGUUUAUCGAGCUGAAAAGCAGAACCUUGUUUGUGCUAAAAAUAUGGUCAUUGACAAGAGCAUUCAGACAGCAUAUGUUCAGGCAAUCAGAUUGGCCCAGCACUUCAUAUAUAUUGAGAAUCAAUAUUUCCUUGGGUCAUCGUUUGCGUGGUCAGAAUAUAAAAAUGCAGGUGCUGAAAAUUUAAUUCCUAUGGAGUUGGCAUUGAAGAUAGCAAGUAAAAUAAGAGCAAAGGAGAGAUUCGCUGUUUAUGUUGUGAUACCAAUGUGGCCUGAGGGUGCUCCCACUUCUGCCUCUGUACAAGAAAUUCUCUUUUGGCAGGGACAGACGAUGCAAAUGAUGUAUGAAGUGAUAGCAAAAGAGUUGAAAUCCAUGAAUCUUGAGAAUUCACAUCCACAAGACUACCUAAAUUUCUACUGUCUUGGUAAUAGGGAACAAGUGCCAGGUUCAGACAAGUCUUGCGACCAGACGGUUUCCAUGUCUCAAAAAUUUCAACGGUUUAUGGUUUACGUACAUGCAAAGGGAAUGAUAGUAGAUGACGAGUACAUAAUACUGGGAUCUGCCAAUAUUAACGAACGAUCUAUGGCCGGUUCAAGAGAUACUGAGAUAGCAAUGGGCGCAUAUCAGCCUCAUCAUACGUGGAGCAAUAAGAAGAGACAUCCACUAGGCCAGGUAUAUGGGUACCGAAUGUCUCUCUGGGCAGAACAUUUGGGGCUGGUUGAUAACUUGUUUAAAGAGCCUGGAAGUUUGGAUUGUGUCAAGAGCGUGAACAAAAUCGCUGAAGAUAACUGGAAGAAGUUCACGGCGGAGGAUUUUACACUAUUGCAAGGACAUCUUCUUAAAUACCCUGUGGAGGUUGAUGGCAAUGGCAAGGUAAGCCCUUUGCCAGGGCAAGAGACUUUCCCGGAUGUUGGUGGCAAGGUGCUUGGAGCCCGUACAAACCUUCCCGAUGCAUUAACUACAUAGGUUUCAGGGUUUCAGUUUUGUUAUCCGUUUCAUGUGGUUUUACUUUGCAGCUUAUACUGAUUCAAGCAACGUCUAGGUCAGCUGUGCCAAUUUUCUGUGGGCUACCAAUUUUGAAUUUAUUUAAUAGGAUUAUGAAUAAAAAGAUUAGACUGAUGAAAUUUGAAUCACAAAAACUACAAUAAUGUUGAUUAAAAUUGAAAGGCAUUAUACAAUAUUGGUUCACCCCA